AUGGGUCUUGCAGGCAACGUCCUGUCCCUUUUGACAGUGACCAAUCUGUUCUUGGGAUUGGUUGCUUAUGUUGCUCUCAAAUUCGGCUGGCAGAUUGUCUAUUAUCGAUUCUUCCAUCCGCUCGCCAAGUUUCCCGGUCCGUUCUGGGCUUCGGUGACUCGUCUCUGGAUCGCAAAGCACAAUCUCCAGGAAACAGAGGUACCGACUGUCUAUGCGCUUGCGAAGGAAUAUGGCCCCGUCGUUCGAAUUACCCCAACAUUGCUGCUGGUCAGCGAUCACGAGAAGCUCCCCGAGGUCUACCACCGAAAUGUGGACAAGACUGGACACUAUAUCACUGGAAGCUUCGGUGAAACCGAGUCUUUGUUCAAUAUGAGGUCUCACAAGACUCAUGCCGUGUUCAGAAAGCACGUUGCUGGCCCUUACAGCUUCACAAACAUCAAGAAGAUGGAGCCUCUUAUCGAUGCGCGCAUCAAGGAAUGGACCAACAAGCUCGACAGCAAGUUCUGCAAGAGUGGCGAAGCCUUCGACUUCUCUUGGUGGGCUGUCUACAUGGCAUACGACAUCAUCAGCGAAAUCGGGUUCGGCGAGCCCUUCGGCUUCAUUGAGAAGGGCGAGGAUAUCGGCGGUCUCAUCCAAGGAUUCCACGACGGUCUUCCAGCCUUCGGACUCCUCUCCCGCCUGCACCCAUUCACCUCAUGGGUGAAAACCACAUUCCUGAAGAAAUACCUCGUCGCAACACCAGCCGACGACUCCGGAAUCGGAGUCCUAAUGCGCUUCCGUGAUCGCCUCAUCGACCAGCGCACCAAAGACAUCGAAAACGGUAAGAAGAUCGAACGCACCGAUCUCCUCCAGACCUUCCUCGAAGCCGUUACCGAAGAAGGCAAGCCCCUCGAUCUCGAGUACAUUCGCGCAGAGGUCCUUCUCGUUCUCCUCGCAGGCGCCGAUACAACCGGUACAGCCUUCCAGGCUCUGAUCCAUUAUCUCAUGGCCCAUCCCUCCGCGUACAACCGCAUGAUGGAGGAAAUAGACAACGCAACCCGCAAGGGUCUCAUUUCUGAAAUGCCUCAGUACAGUGAGGUCAUCGAGCACUUGCCUUUCUAUGUUGGUUGCGUGAAGGAGACUAUGCGUCUUUGUCCGUCUGCGCCUAAUAUCUUCCCACGCUAUGUCUCGGAGCCUGGUCUUGAUCUGUAUGGCACGUUCGCUCCUGCUGGUACGGAGAUCAGCUGCAAUCCGUAUCUUGUGCAUCGUGACCCGAAGCUUUAUGGUGAUGAUGCUGAGGAGUUCAAGCCUGAGAGAUGGUUGGAUGUUGAAAAGGCUAAGUUGUAUAACAAGUAUAACUUCGCGUUUGGGUAUGGAUCGCGUGUGUGCUUGGGUAAGGAUAUCGCGAUGAUGGAGUUGUUCAAGGGUCCUUUGCAGUUCUUCCGGCACUACAAGCCGGAGGUUGUGGCUGACAAGCCUGAGGCGAAAUUCAAGAUCAUGGGUGGUAUUGGGUACUGGAGAGAUCUGUGGCUCACCAUAUCUCGUCGGGACGAGGUGAAGGCCGAAUGA